AUGGGCUUUAACAAGCUCAUAUCAGUUCUGUUUUUCUCAUACAAUUUUUGCAUUCAUGUCCUCAUUCUUCACUCAUGCCUUGCUUUGAGACGGAGUGAAAAUGAGACAGAUAAGCUGGCCUUGCUUGAAAUCAAGUCCAGGAUAACUGAUGACCCUUUUGGAGUCUUGACUUCAUGGAAUGAGACCAACCACUUUUGCCAGUGGCAUGGUGUCACAUGCGGUCGGCGCCACCAGAGGGUCACGAGUUUGUACCUGAAUUCCUCGAAACUUGCAGGCUCAAUCUCACCUUAUGUUGGGAAUUUGAGUUUCUUGAGAGUGAUUCAUUUCUAUAACAACAGCUUUAGGCAUGAAAUCCCUCCAGAAAUCAGCCGUCUGCGCAGAUUGAAAGAUUUAGUCUUGGCGAAUAAUUCACUUGGUGGAGAAAUUCCCACCAACUUAUCAGCUUGCUCCCAACUCCUUAGGAUUUCUUGUGGCUUCAACUUGUUAGUAGGAAGCAUUCCAGAGGAGCUUGGCACCUUAUCAAAGCUAAGAGUGCUUUCAUUUUACAAGAACAGCCUUACAGGAAGUAUCCCAUACUCUUUUAGCAACUUAUCAUCUCUUGUUACUCUUGAAUUAUCUAUAAAUAAUUUGACGGGGAGUAUUCCAGAUAUUUUUGGUCAACUGACCAAGUUCAAGUAUUUUGUUGCGGAUGGAAAUAGGCUGUCUGGUAUUAUCCCUUCCUCAUUCUUCAAUCUUUCUUCUAUCCUACAGCUUGCAAUUGCAAACAACAACAUCCAAGGGACUUUGCCUUUAAACUUAGGUAAUACCUUGCCAAAUCUCAUAUAUUUUGGUAUUGAUAACAACAAGUUUAGUGGACCUAUUCCUGCUUCAGUAUCUAAUGCCUCAAACCUAUAUCAUCUGGGACUGUUAGCAAAUCAACUACAUGGAGAAGUCCCUUCUCUGAAAAAAUUGCACCUGCUUGAGCGUUUAGUUCUUACUAAUAACCAUCUUGGGAGCGGAGAAAUUGGCGACUUGGGCUUUCUCUGCGAUUUGGCUAAUGCUACUCGUUUGCAAGUUCUGAACAUCAAUAUGAACAGUUUUGGAGGUGUGUUUCCUCACUGCAUAGCUAACUUAUCUUCUUCUCUUAGACAGUUCAUAGUUGCUGCAAAUAAAAUUAAAGGAAGUAUCCCAAAUGGAAUUGGAAAUCUGGUUAACUUGCAAAGCCUGUCCUUCUAUAUGAACCAAUUUUCAGGACAAAUCCCCCCUGAUGUUGGAAAGCUUCAGAAGCUAUAUGAGUUAGAUUUUUCUUUUAACUCCUUCUCAGGGAAUAUUCCAUCCACUUUUGGAAAUUUAAGUCAAUUGUUUAAAUUACUAUUUGUUCGCAAUAGCAUUCAAGGCCAUAUCCCUACAACUUUAUCUGAGUGUCACAGUUUGGUGGCCUUAAUUCUGCGUGAGAAUAAUUUCACCGGUACCAUUCCCCAGGGAGUCUUUGGCCUCUCUUCAUUAUCUGAGUUGGACUUAUCUCAAAAUCAAUUGACCGGUUUGCUUCCCAAAGAAGUAGGAAGUUUACUAAAUCUGGAGUAUUUAGAUGUGUCUCAAAACAUGCUAUUUGGUGAAAUUCCGGCAAGUCUAGGUAGCUGUAUAAAAACAGAACAUCUAAACAUGCAAGCAAACUUCUUCCAAGGGACAAUUCCAUCAUCUCUACGUUCACUAAGAGGUAUUGAAGAUUUAAAUCUCUCUCGCAACAAUUUCUCAGGCAGGAUUCCAGAGUUCUUGGGGGAUUUUAAAUUUUUAGAAUCUUUGGAUUUAUCAUAUAACAAUUUUGAGGGCAUGGUACCAAUCAAAGGAGUUUUCAGAAAUGUCACUGCCACAUCGGUCAAAGGAAACAGUAAACUUUGCGGCGGCAUCCCUGAGUUUCGAUUGCCAAACUGCAAACUUCAACAUGCCAACAAGAGAAGAUUGAGCCUAAGCAUGAAAUUGGUAAUCUCUUUGGUUUGUGGGAUACUUGGAGUCACUUUUGCACUAACUUUUUUGUACCUGCGUAGCUCACGGAGAGAAAAAAAGGAGCACACUUCAAGUGAUUCAGACCAAUUUCUCAAGGUGUCUUACCAAAGUCUUCUAAAAGCUAGUGAGGGAUUCUCCCCUGCCAACUUGAUUGGUAAGGGCAGUUUCGGGUCAGUUUAUAAAGGAGUUAUUGAGAACAGUGAAACAACAAUUGCCAUCAAGGUACUCUCUGCAUGUUCGGGAUAUGAUCAUCGUGGUGACGAUUUCAAGGCGUUAAUUUAUGCGUUCAUGGUUAAUGGGAGCUUAGAGGAAUGGUUGCACCCGACUCACAAUACGGGUGACACAAAUGAGAAACCAAGGAGUUUAACUUUUUCUCAAAGGCUGAACAUUGCUAUUGACGUAGCUAUGGCGUUGGAUUAUCUCCACCACCAUUGCCAAACACCAAUAGUUCACUGCGACUUGAAACCUAGCAAUGUUCUUCUUAAUGAUGAUAUGGUUGGACAUGUAGGAAGACCGGUUCUGUCCGGACCAUAG